CCAGGGCUUCGACUUCGCUUCGUGGUAGUCUGUGUUUUGAUAUAGUUGGCAUAAACGUUCCGGGACAUCUAGCUUUGGGAACAUCGUGAAAAUGAGCUGUUCUUGAUUACCCGUGUCUUUUUCCUCGCUGUGCAGGAGCACACCAAGACCGUCACAAAUACAAAUGUUCGAGUUUGUUUUGGCUAACCUUGGAUGCAACUGUUUUUAGCCGUGGCCAGCUGGCAUGGCGUGAAUUCGGCAACCCCCAGGAAACCAAUGUGGAGAAUGCGUCGAGCAAGCUAGAACGACAUUUGAACACCGUCCUUGAGUUAUUAUUAGCAAUGAGCGUAUCGCCGUUCACUUUGCCCGCUUUCUUCUUAUUUUCUUCAGGCCCGUACAGAUAAACAGCUGAAAACCGCAAAGCUUCCUCGGUUGCCACUGCAAGUCGGGCCGAGCCGAAAUGGAUGCGCCUGUCCCAUUAACUCAGACCGAUUGUCCACGAUAGUCACCACCGACCGAGCCCGAAUCAAGCCCUGCUCACACCAGACCGCGGCUGUCUGUGUUUUCUAUGACACGCUCGGUUUACGCCCAGCUAGAUUCGGUGGUAUUGCUUUUGGACGAGCUCCCAUAUAUGUUUUAUUUGGGCCUGUUUUUUGUGAACGUCCUCAUACUCUACUAUGCUUUUCUGAUGGAGUACAUUGUCCUAAAUGUGGGAAUAGUGUUCCUGCCCGAGGACAUGGACCAGGCGCUGGUGGACCUUGGAGUGCUGUCCGACCCGGCCUCCGUACCUUAUGACACAGAUCCGGAGCUGGACGUGUUUGAGGGAUACCUGGAAUGAGGCGGUGUGACCAGAAAGCAAAGAUAUGGGGAAACGGGCCUCCCAGUGGAUGCUAGUGGAGGCUGCCUCCUACAGAGAUGUCUUGUUGAAAAAGUUGUCUCGGCUCAAAGGAAGGUAGCCUUUUGCAGAGAUUCAGGACUCUUCUGGGACUCUGUUGAGGUCCAGCACGUGCGGCUGAGUUCCAGUAAAAACAAAAAGCUACUUCCUUUACGAAAGAGUAUGGCUCUGAUGACGUGCAUGGAGAUCCAGCGGCCUGGCAUGCACUCCCAAAAACGUUCCAGGCUUAUUUGGGAUCCGGUUGUUCUUUGAACGAACAGUCUUCAAAAUGAAUCAAAAAAGCGGCCGUGUCCAUUUCAGUGUCAUACUCUACACAGUGAAACAUUUGAGAACUGUUCCGUCGUGGCACGGUUAGUAUAUAAUCACUCUAAAGCACGUCAGACCCCGCUGCUGCUGCUGGUUGACUGAGUCAGAAUGGGUUAUUUUGAGCUUCCUCACACUGUAUUCCAGCAUCGCCAGGGGCAGGCACUGUCUCAGGAGGAAAGUUAGCACCUCUGGGUGCACUGACAGUACUUGUUUUACUAGAAAUAUGCUGUGAAGCUUCAAGAUGGUAAAGCAAAAAUGUUUCAAAGUCUUGCUUUUUAUGCUCUUUCACUGAAAAGUAGAAAGGAAUGAUUUUGUUUUGUAUUUUUACAGUUUUGUUCACGUAGAUUUUAUUUUGGCUUAAAUGGUUUUUUUUUAAUAUGACGACUGAAAACCCUCAUAGGGACAUUUUUAUUCUGUGUUCAACAGGGAGGUGAUUUAGGAUGAUUGAACUUUGCAUGAUUUUUUUUUUGUGUCAUGAGUUGAUUGAACUGAACACGUUUUCCUCGUUCUUACUUCGUUUAAAUGAUCGUAAAUCUAAAACUCCUUUCAUAAAGUGUAUGUCCUCAACAGCAAUAAUAAAGUAGAGUACCGCAGUGUCAAUUAGACGGUAGUGAGAUGAUUUGCCUAAUUUAGUGAAGAGGUGAACGGAAGAGAACACCCUGUUAUCAGGGCCGACUGUAAGACUGUUUGUUGGUAAUUGAUCUCUGAAUGUACCACCCAUGCUGCAGAUCUGGAAGGAGUAAUCUAAAGCAUUUAGCUAAAUAAUCUCUUGACAAUAAAAAGAAAAUGGUAUUUUUCUCCUGAUAAUGCUGAUUUGCAGAGUAUAAAGAAUGUCUUUGACGUUGUCAACCCGACAUCGUACGGUCGUCGUCGUAUUGCACCUGCAUGUUCCACUCUGAAGUUUUAAUCCAGAUCUCUUUUCUGCCAGCUAACCUUCAGUCCGUCAGACUGCCCUGAUUUUAAUUUCAAUAACACUGCCUGGUCUGCUGGCAUGGAAACCUAAACUUCUGGUGACCUAACCGUGUAUAGCCUGACCACUCUCAAACUGAGCUGUAGAUUCCACCGUAAUGCAAGACUGUUUUUCUAAAGCUUUGUUAGACUCAAACCAGUGUGGAUCAUUGAAGCCAGGUUCCGUGACCAGUUGGGAUUCACACAGCCGAAAAGCAAUAUGUAAAUAUGAACCUUUCAAUUUGUGUGUAACCCAGUGUUACCGUGAGUAUUUUUGUUAUUUUAUUACUUUCUGACCAAAUUUAAAACUUCAUCUCGGUUUGAUCGCUCACAACUAGAACUCAGGAAAUUGCUUUUCAUUCAUUAUUGUAAGCUAAGUUUGUACAGAAUUUGACCAGAUUAAAGCAAGCAAAUAUUAAAAUCAAAAUAAAACAACCAGCACCUGAUGGUGAACUCACAGGUACUGCCCACGACAAAAAAAAAAAUUGUAGCCAUUUUUGUUCAAUUGUAGAAAAUGUGAUUAUUUAGUUUGAAUGAUUAAAAAUUGUACAAGAUUGAUUUGAAUCAAUGCCAACUUCACUGAAAUCAAAGGAGAUGCUGCUUUUCUAGCUUUGAUUGUAAAAUCUACCUGAUGCUAUUCGCAGCAUCGCUGUUUCGAAUCCGAUGGCUACAUCAGAGAUUCAAAUGACUCACAGACACUGGUAGUGGAGUGUCGGAAAAAAAAAAGAGAAAUGUUUCAAAACACCCGUAGCCUGUAAUCAUCAGCAUUACAGUGCAGCAAUGUUAUCAGACCCGGUAAACGAACAAGAACUUUAUAUAUGACUUAACUCCUAAAUAUGUGCUAUACUGUUGUCAUAUGGUUGGAGUCAGCCACACUUCACUCUGAAAUAAAAAUGAUUUGCAAAUGAU